AUGUGCAGAAAAAAAAAGAAAAAAGAAGACUUCAGCAAGACUGUUAGCGACACGCAAAAAAGUUUGACUAGUUCGAGGAACAACUUAAAUUCCAAAAAUAAUUCCCAGAAUGGGCUCAAAGAAAAUGUUUGUACAGAAGUUCAACCAAACCAAGAGAAAGCGAUAUUAGUUAUGAAUUAUCGGGACGAACUUGCGAUAACGGAGAAAAAAGAGGUUAACUAUCUAGAAAAGGCCGCUGCAAGAAGAGGUGUUAUAUUGAAUCCAGAGAAUGUUUUUUUUUGUGGGAAUUUGGACGAUAUAGCUAUUGCUAAGAAGAACCAAAUAAUCAAAGAAAUUGAUGAAAUGGCGGAAAAGAAAUCAUUUAACGUCAGAAAAGAUUUUACAAAUAAGCAAGCCUUCAUAAACGAAAAAGCCUGUAAGUUGUAUGAGAUUCACGAUGACCCAACCGUGGAAGAGGUGGAUUCCUUUUCUGAUCUUUAUUAG